AUGACGCUCUACUACAGUCUUGUCUUUUGCCUACUCGUCUUCGAGAUGGCCGUGUUUAUGGGCUUGAUCGUUCCCCUUCCAUUCACGGUCAGGCGGAAGCUGUUUGCCUUUGUCUCCGAAAGUCCUAUAAUAGCCAAGUUACAGUAUGGGUUGAGGAUUACCUUUAUCUUCAUCCUCAUCCUCUUCAUUGACAGCGUCAACCGGGUAUAUCGUGUGCAGCUUGAGGUUGCUGCAUUCGGCAAGGAAGGCGGCAAUAUGGGAGCGGCCGCACUCGGUACCGAUCGCAUGGAAGUCCAGGCCCGCAAAUUCUACUCGCAGCGCAACAUGUACCUGUGUGGAUUCACCCUCUUCUUGUCCCUGAUUCUCAACCGUACCUACACCAUGAUCCUCGAGACCCUCCGUCUAGAGGACCGCAUCAAGCUUCUCGAGGGUGACAAGCGGGCCGGUGGCAAGGACUCCGCUCGUCUUGCGCAAGCUGGUGACAUGGGCGAGAUCGGCCGUCUGAAGAAUGAGCUCGAGGCCAAGGAGCGCGACAUUGAAACUUUAAAGAAGCAGUGCGAGGGUCUCACUAGGGAGUAUCACAACUUGGGUGACCAGGUUGCAGGAAGCAAGAGCGAGGACGGCCCCAAGAAGGACCUAUAA